UGCGCCCUAUAGCUAUCAUGCAAAGGAUUACCAAACACCAUGGAAGAUGUGUAUAUAUAUCUCCAUUGACCUAAAGUUGUUUUAUUCAAGCUCAAAUCAAUACUAAACGGAAGGACUAUAUAUGUUUUAAAAGCAUAAUUUAGCAAUGAUAUGAUUUAUAUUUGAAAAGUUUUCCACACUUGAAAAUGGCAGGUUCUGUAUUGGAAUACUCGAACAAAUUAAUUUUGGCCCCGAUGGUCCGGGUUUCAACACUCCCCAUGAGACUGUUGGCACUGCGUUAUGGAGCAGAUAUUGUGUACUGCGAGGAAGUUAUUGACUUUAAAAUUCUUGCCACCACAAGAUAUGAAAACAAAAUACUUGGGACAGUUGAUUAUAUAUCCUCUGAUGAAACAGUUGUGUUCAGGACCAGUCCAGAAGAAAAAGGAAAAGUGGUUUUUCAAAUGGGGACAUCUAAUGCACAGAGAGCUCUUAAGGCUGCCAAAAAAAUAGAAAAUGAUGUAUCUGCUAUAGAUAUCAACAUGGGCUGCCCGAAAGAAUUUUCCAUCAAGGGAGGGAUGGGUGCUGCUUUACUGACAAAACCGGACAAGGUCAAGGACAUCCUGACAACACUUGUAAAUGGCCUGUCUAUACCUGUCACCUGUAAAAUCAGACUGUUACCAACGCUUGAGGAUACUCUAGCGCUGGUAAAGAUGAUCGAGAACACAGGGGUGGCAGCUAUCGCUGUACAUGGACGGCUGAAAGAAGAGAGACCUCGUCAUGCGAAUCGCAACCACAUCAUCAAGAUCAUAGCAGACAGUGUCAAAAUUCCAGUUAUUGCUAAUGGUGGAUCCAAGGAGAUGCGUAUGUAUACAGACAUAGCUACAUUUCUACAGGAAACUGGCUGUACAUCGGCUAUGAUAGCACGUCAAGCCGAGUGGAACCCAACCAUCUUCAGGAAGGAAGGCAAGCUGCCACUAUUAGAUGUAUGUAAGGCAUAUGUCAGAGUGGCCCUACAGUACAACAAUGUCUACACAAACAUUAAAUACUGUGUACUCAACAUGAUGCAUGAGGAUAUGGAGUUGGAGGAGGGACAGAAGAUGCUGGGGGCAAUGUCACAGGAGGAUAUCAGUGAUAUUUGGGGCCUUCGACAAUACUUCGAGGACUUGAAGGCAUCUUGGAAAAAGAUGGAAAUAGAACUCUUCAAUACAAAGAUAGAAAUCACAAUCAAGAAAACACCGGAUGGGACUGGUAAUUUUGUUGAAAUGCCAGUUCGCUACCUAAAGAAAGACUAUCCAAUGGGGAUCAGUGCCAAACAGAGGCUGUUUGAGUGGUCAAAGCGAAAGAAGAUGCCACACCCAGAUUAUAAAACUGUGGAGAGAGAGGGAGACCGAUACUUCAUGAGCGUGUUGACUCUGGGAAGCAGCACAUACAAAAGUUCCUACUGGGAAAAGUCUAAAAGUAUCGCAGAACAGAAUGCUGCAAUUGUAGCAUCAAUAGUAUUAGAUAUAGACGAUGGCCGUAAACCUGGCUCAUGUGAAAUGACGGAAGCAGUGGCAGCCAAGUGGAGAGAACUCUGUCAAGAAAAAAAUUCAGGUGAUAAUAUCUCCCAGAUAAACUCGGAAUCGGCUUCUGUAUGUGAUCAAUCACAUAACGAGAAUGAAAAUAUACACAUGGUCAGUGACACAAAGAGGAAACACAACACUUCUGAAACAGAUACUGUAGAAGAUCUGAAUGGAAUAGCCGGUAAAAGAAAAUGUGAUGAUUUUACAGAGGGAAGUAAACAGAACAGCAAUAAAUUAACAAGUGGAGGUGAACAGAACAGUCAGUCUAGUAUUGAGAUUAGCCAAUCAGAAAGAGUUUCUGUUGAAAGAAGUGGACUUGGUUAAUUAUGAGAAAGAGUACAUUCAUUAUUUUAAGAUUUUAAUGUGAUCUAAUUUAAAAGAUUUAAAUGUAAUUUCAGUAUGUCUUUAGUUGAUUCAGGAAAAAAAACAUCUUUCAGCAUUGUGAUACUUUUGUUUUAAUAAUGUACAAUCAUGUGAGUGAAAAAUUGCUGAAUCUGAUAAUAAAAUGAUACUGCUCGACAAAAUUUUG